UGAGCUCAGGCUUUGCUCUUAGAGGUUUUGUUUUCUCGUGAGUUAACGACCUUUGCACUGUAGUGUUUCUCAUUUAGCAGCUGUCCUAGAGCCCUGCAGAGAAACCGGUGGGAGACACCUGGUGAGCUCAGAGGAUGGCAGUGGCAGGUGGUUGCAGGACAAUGUGGCUUCUUCCCAUUGUCCUCCUUCUCCUUCAGAUGGUGCAGACAGUCAUACCAAAUGCAUGCAAGGUCAACAAUGGGAACUGCAAGCAAUUCUGCAAAACUGAAGAUGAAGGAGUUGUAUGUUCCUGUGCUGCUGGCUAUGCCCUGGGCAAUGACAACAAAACCUGCAUUCCUAUAGUCAAGUUCCCUUGUGGUAAGCUUCAGAGAAAUCAUGAAGCCAGUCGAGAGAAAGUCACAGGAACCACAGCAAGUCCCGAUGCCCAUCCUGAAAAUGAGGAAACCACCGAGACCCCAAGCAGCCAUCCGGAGGUCACGGGGGAGGCUGGCAGUUUACCCACAGUGUCCCCAUGGCAGGCUGUUCUACUAGCAGAUGAGUAUGAUGAAUGGUUUUGUGGGGGGACAAUUCUGAAUGAGUAUUUUAUACUUUCUGGAGCUCAUUGUGUUCAACAGUUUGAAAACUUACAGGUUAUUGUUGGGAUGGUGGACAAAGAAAAGGAAGAGCCAAGUAGAGCAAUACACAGAGUGGAAAAAAUAAUUCCACAUCCUGAUUUUGAUGAAAAAACUUUUGAUAGCGACAUAGCCCUUCUCAAACUAGAGGAACCUAUCACAUUUUCUGAGGAUGUUGUCCCAGCAUGCCUUCCAGAAGAAGACUUUACUAAAGACGUUCUGAUGAAACAGACGUUUGGAAUUGUCAGUGGCUUUGGGAACACAUUUGAACGUGCAAGGCCAGUCAAAAGAAUGAAAGUGCUUCAAAUCCCUUAUGUGGACAGGGUCACUUGCAGGCUUGCCCUUCGUAGCCCGGUCACAAAAAACAUGUUCUGUGCAGGUUAUGAUAAAGAUGGAAAAGAUGUCUGCCAAGGAGAUGGAGGAGGCCCCCAUGUAACCCAAUACAAUGGCACUUAUUUUGUUACUGGUAUCAUCAGCUGGGGAGAAGGGUGUGGAAGGCAAGGGAAGUAUGGAGUAUACACCAACUUGUCAAAGUUCCUACCCUGGGUAAGAAGUGUUUUAACAGAGGACUCUUAAUGGUUUGGCAUUUGAUCAACCUUAUUGUCUUAGCCAUCAGAUCUGAUCCCUAAGUACUAUUUUCUUCUUUUUAACAUGCUUACUAAAAUUCUGAUAGUUUGUGCCUCCCUUAAGAAGGACAUACUACUCCAUGAGCUAAUGCCUGGUUUUCAGAAGGUGAGCUUGGAUUUCCGGCAGAGCUUGAUGGUUUUGGACAAUAAUGAGAUUUCUUCAAAUGGUUUAGGAACUUCCCUGCUCUUGCUGUAAUAACCUAAAUUUGUCUUUUGGAGGCUUUGCCUUUGUUGAUAAACCCCCUCCCACUGCGAUGAAGGUUGGAACUAGCUCAACAUUUCUGUGGCAGUACGUGUUUUAUAGAAAAUAGACUAGGGUAAUAUCAAAGUAAAACAGUAUCAGAGUAGGACAGCUUUUUA